AUGGUGUCAUCACCAAGUUCAUACUUGUCGGUCAUAGUGCUUUUGUUAUUAGUUUUAUUGACAACUUCAGCUUCAAUUGAAGAAAACUUUAUCCGAUGUCUAAGCUCAUAUUUUUCAAGCAAUCCAAAACAAUUUUCUACAAUAAUUAUCACUAGGAAAAAUGGAUCAUUCAUGAGUACCCUUAAUUCCACAGCACAAAACCUAAGGUAUUUGACGCCUUCAAUGCCAAAGCCAGAAUUUAUAUUCACACCUUUAAACGAAUCUCAUGUUCAAGCUGCAGUUAUUUGCUCAAAAAAACUUGAUGUUCACAUGAGAAUACGAAGCGGCGGCCAUGACUACGAAGGAGUCUCAUAUGUUUCUGAGAUUGAAACUCCUUUCAUAAUCAUUGAUUUGGCUAAACUUCGUACAAUCAAUGUAAACAUAACAGACAAUAGCGCUUGGGUUCAAGCCGGAGCCACAAUCGGAGAAGUUUAUUAUAGAAUAUCAGAGAAAAGUGCAGUUUAUGGAUUCCCUGGAGGCAUAUGCACAAGCAUAGGUGUUGGAGGGCACAUUGCGGGAGGUGGAUUUGGAGCCAUGGUAAGGAAGUAUGGACUUGCAGCCGACAAUGUCCUCGAUGCAAAACUUGUUGAUGCCAAGGGUAGAUUGCUGGACAGAGAAGCCAUGGGAGAAAUUCCGUUUUGGGCCAUUAGAGGAGGUGGAAGUGGAAACUUUGGAAUCAUUCUUUGGUGGAAGAUAAAGCUUGUUCCUGUGCCAGAAACUGUGACCGUGUUCACUGUUACCAAGACAGCAGAGCAAGGUGCGGAAGACAUUUUCCUUGCAUGGAAAGAUGUGGCUUCCAUUGACAAUGAUAUUUUCAUAAGAGUCAUCUUUCAACCAGUUAGUGCUGCCAAUAAAACUGGGAGAACCAUCUCAACUUCUUACAAUGCCCUCUUCCUUGGUGAUGCGAGUAGACUCCUCAAAAUUAUGCAACAUGACUUUCCUAAGUUGGGUUUAACAGAAAAAGAUUGCUUGCAAAUGAGUUGGAUUAAAUCGGUACUCUAUCUUGCUGGUUACCCUGAUGAUACAAACCCUGAUGUCUUGCUUCAAGGAAAACCAAUAUUCAGAAACUACUUCAAAGGCAAGUCGGAUUUUUUUCCAUUUUCGACACCGCCCAUUCAAGAGUUAUUCGCAAGGUUGGUUGAAGAAGAUAACCCUUUAAUAAUUUGGAACCCAUGGGCCGGAGGAAUAACAUAUUUCCCAAAUUCUGUUACGCCAUUUCCUUAUGGAUUUGAAAAUCUUUAUUUGGUCAAGUACUUAACUUUGUGGCAUAAUGCAUCCGAGGAUGGGUCAAAGCAUUUAGAUUGGAUUAGAAAGAUCUACAAGUACAUGACCCCUUAUACAAAUACUCAAAAUCUAGGCAGGAUAGCAUAUGUGAAUUAUAGGGAUCUUGAUUUAGGAGUGAAUAAGAAAAAUGCCGCAAAUUUUACAGAAGCAGCUGCAUGGGGUAUUUCAUAUUAUCAGGAAAAUUUUAAAAAGUUAGUGAAAAUAAAGAAUAAAAUGGAUCCUGAAAAUGUCUUUAGACAUGAGCAGAGUAUUCCACCAGAUCUAUCAAUCAUGGCUUAA